AUGGAGCAGCACGCGGUGGUUUUUGGGUGUUCAGGUAUCAAUGGUUGGGCUUUAGUGAAUCAACUGCUCUCGGGCUAUCCCUCGCCAGACAGUUUUUCGAGGAUCACGGCUGUUGCAAAUCGACCAUUUACUUCUGACGAAGCUAAGUGGCCACGCGAUGAUCGCCUGCAGAUCGUCUCAGGGAUCGAUCUCCUAGGCGGCGAUGAUUCUUCUUUGCAGAAAACCCUGGCUCAAAAAGUCCCUUCUGUGGAGACAGUCAGCCAUGUAUAUUACGCUGCGUAUCGAGCGAGUGACGAUGCCGCCGAAGAAUGCCGGCUCAACAAGGAGAUGCUACGAGCUGCGGUUCAGUCGCUGGAGGCUCUCUCCUCCAAAUUAAGCUUCGUGACCUUGAUCACAGGGACGAAGGCAUAUGGUGUUUACCUCCUCGAUAAGUUCCCUUUCCGAGGACAGGUGCCUCUGAAAGAAGAUCUCCCACGAGUUCCGGCAGAGUAUGCCAAAGACCUGUUUUAUUAUCAUGAGGUAGACCUUCUUCAUGAGCUGUCUGCUGGUAAGGCGUGGUCAUGGUGUGAAGUUCGUCCGGAUGUAAUUGUCGGAGUCGCUCCUUUUGGCAAUGCUAACUGCAUGGCUCAAACAAUGGGUAUUUAUCUUGGACUCUACCGAGCACUUGAAGGAGCUGGAGCUCGUGUCCCGUUUCCAGGAAACGAUAAAACGUGGCGCCUUCUAUCUACGGACUCUAACCAGGAUAUCAUUGCGCGCUUUUGCAUAUUCUCUUCCCUGCAGCCUCGUGAAAAGGUUCAUUCUCGUGCCUUCAACAUCGCUGACAGUGCCACCCCCGUCUCAUGGUCGCAGCGCUGGCCUAUUCUGGCGGCAUACUUUGGUUUAGAGGGCACGGGGCCUGAUGAUACAAGCUUGCACCCCACUAAGUAUAUUGAUCAACAUUGGGAUGAGUUCCAGGCUCUUUGUCGUCAAAAUGGCCUUCGUGAAGACAUCAUUUACAAGAGCAUGCACAACACUGGAUCCCGGAUGGGAAGUCUACGCCUGAUGGAUUUUGAUCGGCCUUUCGAUCUUGGCAGGGCGAGAUCUAUCGGGUUUGAAGAGGAAAUAUCCACUGAGAAAUCAUGGUAUACCGCUUUCGACCGAGUGCGGGAUGCGAAGAUCAUGCUAUAG